CUGCAAGUCCUCUCGCGGCUCGGCGUCGGAGGAGCGUGCUCGCUGGCUGCAGUCUGCUCUUCACUCGCCGCCAUCGUCGGCACGCCGGGCGUGUGGGAGGAGAAGCGCGCGAACGUCUUCGGCGGCGGCGCCGAGAAGAGGGGCGGCGAGGAGAGGGGCGGCGAGGGCGGCGAGGCGGCGGCGAGGCGCGAGUGUUGCGUGAGCGAGGCCUCUCUCCACGGCUGGGCUCGCUCGGCCUGUCGACGCACCGCGGCAAGAUGGUGCGGCUCUGGGAGGCGAAGAGCGGCCGCCGCCUCGGCGCGAUGGCGCUCAAGGAGCAGCCAUUCGGCUGCGACGUCGGGGUCGUCGGCGUGCGCAAGGGCGCGUGCGACGUGGCUGGUUGUCGGACGGUCGCUGCCGUCGGCGACGUCGACGGCCGGCUGUACCUGCUCGAUCUGGAGGAGCCGCUCGAGAGCCGGACACAGCGCGGCCCCUUCUCUCCGCGGGGAGGCGACCCCGCCGGCGGACUGGAGCCGAGGGAGGUGAUGUGCAGCGUGGUGCUGCUGCAGGGGACAGGCAGGGCGGGGGCACGGCGCGGGGGCGGGGGCGGGGGCGGAGGCGGAGGCGGCGCCGCCGGUGAUGCGGUGGCGGCGGAGGAUGCGGAGGCGGCGGAUGAGGCGGAGGAGGGGGGCGGGGAGGACGAUGGCGACGGCGAGCGAGAGGGAGGAGGAGGCCGCUACACGCCGCUCGCGGAGCCUGUGGUCAUCGCGAGUGCGUAUCGAGACGGCCUGAUCACGGUGAGCAGCGCGAGCCUCGAUGGCUGGCGCUCCGCCGACGCACCGCCCGGCGCGCGGACAGCGCAUGAGAGCUGGCGCGGCGCUCUCUCGUUCGACGUGGCGGAGGGCGCGCUCAGUUUCGGCGGGCGAGACGAGCUGCCGGAGCAGGGCGGUUUGGGCCGCCUCUGGCAGUCGGGGCGGCUGCCUCUAGUCUCGCUCGCGGAUGGAGGCGUGCAGCGCGGGGCGAGCGCGCUGUACGCGGGCUGGAACUUGCUGGGCGUCGCCAUCGACGUGGAGACGGGGCAGCAGCGGUGGGCGUCGAGCCCUACCGCCGAGAGCGCCGAACUCGACGUGUUUGCUGUCGGCGAGACCGGCGAGGAGCCGCCGCCGUGUGUCGCCGGCGCUCGUCUCGCGUGCUACUCGCCAGGGUGGGGCUUGCUCGCGCUCGCAUGCCGGCGCACAGCGGCUCUGCGGGAGCCGCGCUGCGGGCGGACGGUGGCACUGUGGGACCCUCGCUGCUCGUCGCCCGGGCCCGUCGCGUCCGCAACGGCGCCAGCGGACGGGGCUGGCCACGCCCCGUUUCUUGCGCCGGACGGCGGCCGCGCAUUUCGCCGCCAGCCAUGCGGCUGCGUCCACAUCGACGCCGGCGUCGACGGCCACUGGAGCGGCCACCUCCUUCAUCUGCCCCCCGGCCCAGACGAGGCCAUCCAUCUGUACGACAUCCGCCGGCUCGGCCGUCCGGCCGCGGAGCGGCGCGAGCGGCGGCGGUCGCCGCUACCUCUGGUGGCGAGCAUCUCCGUCGCGCGCCGACACGCCGGAGCUUGCUUCGCCGCGGGCGCGGACGGCCUCGUCGCGGCGGCGGCCGCCGGGCACGACAAGAAGGCGGGUGCGAGUGUGCGGUGGGCGACGGCGCGGCUGCAUCUCAGGCGCCGCACGGAGGCUGGCGGCGGCGACGAGGCGGCGGAGGAGGCGGCGGCGAGGGCGGCGAAGGCGAAGGCGAAGGAGGAGGCGGCGAAGAAGAAGAAGAAGCGGGUCGUCACCAAGGGCGGCGGCAUGAAGAUGAAGCAGGGAAGCUCGGGUCGGACGGGCUAAGUCUCGUCGACACCUCCCAACCCUAGUCCCAACCGCGCCAACGCUUUUAGAGCGAGUGCCGCCCUCUUUGAUUUUACAAAAAAACGCAGUUCACCA